AUGGCAUCAUCGAUGAGCAAUAGUAUCAGCAGUAAUGGCGGGAGUGUUAAAAUUGUGAAUAAUAAUAGUAAUAACAAUGGUAGUAAGAUUGAAAGAGGUCACCAAAUGUACAGAGAUGGAAGGCACGAGGAAGCGCUUGGGUUUUAUACGGAGGCGCUGUCGUCGGCCAAGACCGUUCCUCAGAAAAUCGCUCUCCACAGCAACCGCGCCGCCUGCUUUCUCAAACUCCAAGACUUCAAAAAGGCAGCCGAGGAGUGCACGUGGGUGCUGGAGCUGGAUCAGAAUCACACUGGAGCGUUGAUGUUACGUGCUCAAACAUUAGUUACUCUAAAAGAAUACAAUUCUGCUCUUUUUGAUGUCAAUAGGCUCAUUGAAUUGAACCCAUCCUCUGAAGUAUAUCGAAGUCUCCAGGCCCGUUUGAAGACGCAAUUGUCACUUGCUCCAAUACCCGAGGAUGAUGGAGAGCUUGAAGAAGAAGAGGAAGAUGAUGUGUUUGAGGGAAAAGAGAUAAACGCAGUGGAAGGACAUGAAAAUAAGCAAGAAAAGCAAGUGAUAGAAGCAGCAGAUCCUAUUGAGCAGAGGGCUGAGGUUAAACAGAUUGCUCCAAACAGUAAAGGUAAAUCAUCUGAACAAGACCCCUCCUUUGGAUGGCAAGCCAUCCCUAAACCAAAAGGACAUUCACAACUUGAUUACUCAAGGUGGGAUAGAGUUGAAGACGAAUCAAGCGAAGACGACUCUUCAGAAGAAGAUGAGGAUGAUGAAGAUUCUCGUCCUCAAUACCGAUUCCGGGUUAGAACUGUUGGUGUGCGGCCUGUUAAGUGA